UCCGUUAAGUCUGAAGCCACAUUUCGAAUGAAAUACUUGCCUCUGAUUUUGUUGGCCACUUCAGUGGCUGGUCGGUUCAGUGAUGAUUUCUACCGAAUUUUAGCCAAGGAGAAUGCAGAAAGGAAUCUGAUUACUUCGCCCCUCUCUAUAGAGAUUGUUAUGAGCAUGCUGUAUAUGGGAGCCGGGGGAAAAACGGCCAAAGAACUGCGAACCACUCUGAAGUUGCCCGAGGAUAAAAGGGUAGUAGCCAACAAGUACUAUAAGUGUUUUUCCAAAUUUAAGGCUCGAGAAAAGUUCAUCAUCUUUCAUCUGGCGAGCCGGAUUUUCAUCAACAAAAACUACAGCCUUGUGCCGGACUUUAAUCAGCUUGUAAAACUACCCUUUAGAGGUAAAGCUAAGAAAAUCAGUCUAGACGAUCCCAAUCUAGCGGCCUCGAUAAUUAAUAAUUGGGUAAACAAGCACACGCGUGGCAAGAUCCAAGAUAUUGUUUCCCCCGGAGAUAUAAGCACCGAUCUGAGCGCUAUUGUGGUGAAUGCAAUUUACUUUCAGGGAGAGUGGGAAAAUGUUUUCCGUGCUGACCAAACUCAUGAGGCGGAUUUUCAUGUAUCAGCUGGAAAAAUCAUUCCCGUUGAGAUGAUGACGUUGUCGAAACCCCUAUUCUCCGCUUACUUGGACGACUUGGAUGCUAAGGUAAUCGAGCUACCGUACCGAAAGUCCAAUCUUUCGAUGCGCAUCUUCCUCCCCAACAGGAUCGACGGACUGAGCAAAUUGGAGGAGAAAAUUAUAGGGUUCUCGAGGGAUCUGCAAAAAAACGUAGUGGAUGUAAAACUUCCCAAGUUCAAAAUAGAAUUUACCGCCCAGCUAAAGGCUGUUCUUCAACAGUUGGGUAUCCGAGAAGCCUUCGAAAGUACAGCAGAUUUUAAGGGCUUAGUUCUGGAAUCUAGUGUCGAGAUCGAUAACAUCGUGCAAAAAGCCUUUUUAAAGGUCGAUGAGACCGGAACCGAGGCCUCUGCUGCCACAAAAGUAAAUGUUCGUAAAAAGAAGUCCAUUAACUUUGCGCAUCCCAUGGAGUUUGUAGCCGAUCAUCCCUUUGCCUACACAAUUCAGGAUAAGGAUAAGAUUUUCUUUCAGGGCCACAUCGUUGAACCAAAAUGGUAAAUAAAUUCAGGCGUUUGCUUACUAAAUAACAAAUAAAUCGUAUUU